GAGUGCACCAUAUCUGAAUUGCCAGACAUCCUAACUCUACAACUGAAGAGGUUUGAGUUUGAUUACAGCUAUAGGACUUACAUGAAGAACGAGCGUCGAGCUGAAAUUCCUUUCCGAGAGAAGACAGAACAAGGACAGGAACAGUCCACUACUGUGACAACAGCUUCCCUGGUGGCAACAGGGGAAUAUAAACAUCAUCAAUAUGAGCACACAGACGCUUUCAGUGAACCACAGCAGAACACAGCAGGACCAGAAGCUGAUAUUAAGGCUGAGAGUCUUAAAGAGAUAUCAGAGGGUCAAACAUGUGCCACUAACAUAAACACUGACUCAAAAAUAGACAAACACUCUUCAGCAAAAAUAAGAGGUUCAGAAAUUAUAGAGACUACUCUCUCAGUAAGAACACAGCAACAGAGAAAGCAAGGUCAACAUCCAAAAUUGCAUCAGAAAGGUUGGCAUCCUCUGUCUGAGAUUGUGGAGAAAAGCACAUUUCUGGAUAAGAGCCACUAUUCCAUUCCAGGCAGUGCAGAAGCACCAGACACAGCCAUGUGCAAACUGAAGGAGGAACAGAGUGUGGAUGAUGCUGGAGAUGCUCCAUUUGACUCUUCUUCUGCUGUACAAGACGUCUCCUCUUCACCUUUACAGGAGAUCACUAGCAGAGCGGCACCUGCGGAUGACAUUUUGUGUCUUAAAAUACAAAAACUCAAAGCAAAAAUUGAGUUACUGGAUAUUAAGAAGGAAUAUUAUGCACAAAAACUGAAAAAACUGACCAACAGUUAAUGAUUUUCUGUGUGAAAAUGAAAUGAAAAAUUUGUCAUAUUGUCCAUCUGAAAAUAAAGUAAACUGUGGGCAAAUAAAA